GUGAUAUGUGCAAAUUAUAAGUUGCAUCAAUUUUGGGUGCGGGACUAAAUUAAUUUUCAAUAUAUAACUAGGUAUGUAUUCCCACCAGAUUGAUCAAUUGUUUUCUUUUUCUUUCGAUAAAUACUUUAAUAAACUUUAAAAUGUCUUCUACUUUAAGAUUAGGUUCCACUGCUCCAGAUUUCACUGCUGAAACUUCUAACGGUCCAAUUUCUUUCCACGAAUUCCUUGGUAAUUCAUGGGCUGUCUUAUUCUCUCACCCAGAUGAUUUCACUCCAGUCUGUACUACUGAAUUGGGUGCUUUUGCUAAAUUAGAACCAGAAUUCGCUAAAAGAGGUGUUAAGUUAAUUGGUUUAUCUGCUAACAACACUGAUUCUCACAAAGCUUGGAUUAAAGAUAUUGAUGAAGUUACCGGUUCUAAAUUAAACUUCCCAAUCAUUGCUGAUCCAGAAAGAAAAGUUGCUCACGCUUAUGAUAUGAUUGACUACCAAGAUGCCACCAACGUUGAUGACAAAGGUGUUCAAUUCACCAUCAGAUCUGUUUUCAUCAUUGAUCCAUCUAAAAAAAUUAGAUUAAUCUUAGCUUACCCAGCUUCUACUGGUAGAAACACUGCUGAAGUCUUAAGAGUUGUUGACUCUUUACAAACUGGUGAUAAACACAGAAUUACCACCCCAAUUAACUGGGUUCCAGGUGAUGAUGUUAUUGUCCACCCAUCUGUUUCUAACGAAGAAGCUAAGACUUUAUUCCCUAAAUUCAGAAUCAUCAAACCUUACUUACGUUUGACCCCAUUGGAAGCUGACAAGAACUAAGCUAGUUGAUCUGGUUGAAAAACUUUCUUUCUCUAUGUGUAUAAUUAU